AUGGAUGGCUUCGAAUCUAAGGGGCUCAAUGAAGAUGCCUUCGGAGACAAGUCCGGCCUGGGCGUGAAGGCGUUUGAUGCGUUCCCCAAAACCAAGUCCUCAUACACAACGCCCACCCGGCGCGGCGGACAAUGGACCGUCCUCAUCCUCCUCGCCUGCACCGUGCUGAGCCUGUCCGAGCUCAAGACCUGGUACCGCGGCACGGAGAACCGGCAGUUCAGCGUGGAGAAGGGGGUGUCGCGCGAGCUGCAGCUGAACCUCGACAUUGUUGUCAACAUGCCCUGCGACGCCCUCCGCGUCAACAUCCAGGACGCCUCGGGCGACCGCAUCCUGGCCGGCGACCUCCUCCGCCGCGAAGACACCAGCUGGCUGCUGUGGAUGCAGAAGCGCAACUACGAGGUCUCCAAUGGCAUCCACGAGUACCAGACCCUCAACCACGAGGCCAAUGACCGCCUCUCCGACCAGGAGGCCGACGCCCACGCCCACCAUGUGCUCGGCGAGACGCGCCAUAACCCGCGCCGCAAGUUCCCCAAGGGCCCGAAGCUGCGGCGCAGCGACUCUGUCGACUCGUGUCGCAUUUAUGGUAGCCUCGAGGGAAACAAGGUCCAGGGCGACUUUCAUAUCACGGCGCUUGGACAUGGGUAUCGCGAGAACGUUCCGCACUUGGAUCACUCGGCAUUCAACUUCUCUCACAUGAUCACCGAGCUCUCCUUCGGCCCCCACUACCCAAGCCUACACAACCCGCUCGACAAAACCAUCGCCGAAAGCGACAGCCACUACUACAAAUUCCAAUACUUUCUGUCCAUCGUCCCAACACUGUACGCCCGAGGCCGAGGCGCCCUGGACGCAUACACGCGCGCACCCCUGGCCGCGGCCGCCCGCUACGGCCGCAACACCAUCUUCACGAACCAGUACGCGGCGACCAGCCAGUCGGGCGCCAUCCCCGAGACCCCGUUCGUCAUCCCCGGCAUCUUCUUCAAGUACAACAUCGAGCCGAUCCUGUUGCUGGUCAGCGAGGAGCGUACCGGGUUCCUGGCCCUGCUGAUUCGCAUUAUCAACACCAUCUCCGGUGUGCUGGUUACUGGCGGCUGGAUUUAUCAGAUGUCGAGCUGGGCGGGUGAGGUCUGGGGCAAGCGGAAAAGGAGAACGCAUUCGGAGGGGGUGUUGACGGGGAAGCCGUUCUCGGAUUGA